GGCCGGUUUCACUACUAUGAUUGGAGGACGAGGAGCAGCAUCAGUAUAUUGUUUUUUUUUAUUUUUUCGUAGAAAAUAUCAAUCGUUCUUCCUUGUCCAAACUCCAUCGAAACCAGAUAGACAGACUCCGACAAUAUCAGUGGCUAUGAUAUCGCCUACAGAGCUCGAUGAUGAUACGGUGCGCAGUAUGUCUAUCGGAGCCGUUUUCUCCGACUUUGGAGGGAAGAUUAAUUCAGUUGAUUUUCAUCGAAAAGAUGAUCUGUUAGUUACAGCUAGCGAGGAUGAUUCGGUUCGUCUUUACGACAUUGCAAGUGCCAAAUUGCUGAAGACUACUUAUCACAAGAAACACGGUACAGAUCGAAUAUGUUUCACGCAUCACCCUAGCUCCGUUAUUUGUUCCUCAGUAUACCAUUUAGAUUCUACCGGAGAAUCAUUACGUUAUCUAUCAUUGUAUGAUAAUCGAUGUCUUCGCUACUUCAAAGGCCAUAAAGACAAGGUUGUUUCGCUCUGCAUGUCUCCAAUUAAUGAUAGCUUCAUGUCCAGCUCUCUUGACCACAGCAUUAGAAUAUGGGAUCUUCGCGUAAAUGCCUGCCAGGGAAUUUUGCGUUUACGUGGUAGACCCACAGUUGCAUAUGACCAACAAGGUCUUGUCUUUGCUGUGGCAAUGGAAGGGGGUGCUAUUAAACUGUUUGAUUCACGAUCCUAUGACAAGGGUCCCUUUGACACCUUUUUAGUUGGUGGAGAUACAGCUGAGGUUUGUGAUAUUAAAUUCAGCAAUGAUGGCAAAUCAAUGCUAUUGACGACCACGAGUAACAACAUCUAUGUUCUUGAUGCAUAUGGUGGAGAUAAGCGAUGUGGCUUCAGUUUGGAACCAUCUCCCAGUACAACUAUAGAGGCUACUUUUACCCCAGAUGGCCAAUAUGUGGUAUCAGGCUCAGGAGAUGGAACCUUGCAUGCCUGGAACAUCAACAUGCAAAAUGAGGUGUCAUGCUGGAACAGUCACAUAGGCAUUGCAUUAUGCUUGAAAUGGGCUCCUCGUCGUGCCAUGUUCGUUGCUGCCUCUACUGUUCUAACGUUUUGGAUACCUGACAGCUCCAAACCAACUGUCGAUCCUCGUCCCAUGGACACUGAAGGUGCAGCUCCAUCUGAACAUGUAACUCAACAAUGAAUCCAGGUAACCUCUUUUUUUGUUUAUGCUUACUAGGAAUCCUAGGCGCUUAGCUUGUUAUGUGCAAUGGAAAUCCUGGUAAACUAAUGUACCCUUUGUUGGGCCAAAAUUUUGGUGUGUGCUUGAAUCGGACCGAGUUUCUGUAUCACAAUACUUUUAUUCAGUGUUUGGAUCUCGUGAUUUCAAAUC